AUGAGCGAAGAUCGGCUGCUCCGAUUUUCCGGGCACGCCUACUUCCGGCAGCGGUUGGUACUUGCCACGCUAGCAUCGCGUCCAGUGCGUAUCGACAAGAUUCGACCGGACGACCAAGAGCCUGGCAUUCGGAAUUUCGAGGCAAGCUUUUUGCGUCUUAUGGAAAAAGUGACCAACGGCAGCGCCGUGGAGAUUAAUUAUACGGGUACCGCGGUGUACUACAAGCCGGGGAUCAUCUUUGGGGGUCCUGUUACGCAUGAUUGUGGCACAUCACGCGGGAUCGGCUACUUUUUAGAGUGGCUUGUGCUGCUUGCACCGUUUGCGAAGCAGGAACUUGCACUAACGCUGCGCGGGAUUACCACAGGCACGGGCGAUAUGGGCGUGGAUACGAUCCGCACGGUGACACUCCCUAUACUGGCCAUGUUUCUACCGCUGGAUUCCGUGUCGAUCCUCGCGUCAUCGUUGGAAUUGCGCAUUGUCAAGCGCGGUGCGGCGCCCCAGGGGGGCGGCGAAGUCUUUUUUCGUGCGCCUCUCAUUGCCUCACUCCGGGCGCUCAAUUUUGUCGAGUGUGGAAGGAUCCGCAAGAUUCGUGGGAUUGCAAGCGCGGUGCGCGUGAGUCCCCAAAUGAGCAACCGCAUGAUCGAUGCCGCACGUAGUGUGCUCAACCGCUUCAUCCCCGACCUGUAUCUAUUUUCCGAUGUAUACCGAGGUGAGGAUUCGGGAAAGUCGCCUGGUUUUUCCAUGUCGCUCGUUGCGACCUCGACGACGAGUGCUCUUCACGCUUCCGAAGCCACGUCUGCACCGGGCAUGACGCCAGAAGAUGUCGGACUCUGUGCUGCGCGGCAGCUGCUCGCUGAAAUUCAGUCCGGCGGCUGUGUCGACGCAAGCCACCAGCCGUUUGCGCUAGCCCUCAUGGCACUCGGCCCGGAAGACGUGGCAAAAUGCCGCAUGGGGCGCUUGACCGCGCAGGCAGUGCAAUGCCUCCGCGACGUGCGCGAGGCGCUUGGUGUCGUGUUUAAAAUCCGGACCAUUCCAGAGUCAGAGGACGUACUCGUCUCUUGUGUCGGCGUUGGUCUCCGUGGCUACCGCCGCAUCACAUAG